GUAGGGCUAUAGCGACCAACCCUAAAAAGGGCAGGGUUGUACACCUGGUAUAAACAUCCAGCAUCCACCAUCCUUACUCAGUCCCUGAGACAUCCCGCAGAGACUCUUCUUUACAGAGAAAACACUGACUCAGCUACCGCUGCCCCAAGAUGACUUCUGCUCUCUCCAAAGUGGAUCUCCACUGUGAGAAGAACAAUGUGGCCCACAGGACGAGCGAAAUCUCUACAGAGCGGCUGAUCGUCAGGCGUGGGGAGACCUUCGAGCUCACUCUCCACUCCACUCAAAUGCUUGAUGCUAACAAGUUGGUACUCACUGUCCAAACAGGACCGGAGCACUCUGAAGACUUAGGGACCAAGUCUGUGUUUGGUGUAUCCCAGAAAAGUCCAUCAAAGAAGCCCUGGCAUGCUAAGGUCAAAGAGUCUUCUCCUACUUCAAUUACCCUGCUCAUCCUUAGCCAUGACUUUGCCAGCAUUGGGCAGUACACCCUCUCUGUGAAGACACAGCCUGAUAUGGCCGAGGGCCACACCGCUGGGACCUUUGUUCUCCUGUUUAAUCCUUGGUGUAAAAAGGACUGGGUGUUCCUGGCCAGUGAAGAGGAGAGGCAGGAGUAUGUCAUGAAUGAACAGGGCCUGCUUUACAGAGGGUCAAGUGAAUAUAUUAGUGGUUUGGCCUGGGAUUUUGGACAGUUUGAAGAGGGAAUCCUUGACAUUUGCUUGAAACUGAUGGACCUCAACCCCAAAUGUAUAAAGAAUGCAGCCGAGGAUUUCUCUGCACGCUGCAACCCCAUCUAUGUCAGCAGGUUGAUCAGCGCUAUGAUUAACUGUAACGAUGACAAAGGCGUGCUAUUGGGCAAUUGGAGCGGUCACUAUCGAGGCGGAAAAUCUCCAUCACACUGGAAUGGCAGCGUGGACAUCCUGACGCAGUGGAGGGAUUCUGACUACCACGCUGUGAGAUAUGGCCAGUGCUGGGUGUUUGGUGCGGUCAUGUGCACGGUUAUGAGGUGCUUGGGAAUUCCCUGCCGGCCGAUUACAAAUUUUGCGUCUGCUCAUGAUACUCAUGGGAAUCUAAUAAUUGAUGACUUCUACUCUGACCAUGGUGUCGAACCCAAGGAAAGCGAAGACAGUGUGUGGAACUACCAUGUGUGGACAGAAAGCUGGAUGAGACGCCCUGAUCUCUCUGGAGAACCGUAUUAUGACGGCUGGCAGGUUCUGGACCCCACCCCUCAGGAGCUGAGUGAAGGGGUACACUGCUGUGGCCCAGCUCCAGUGAAGGCUGUACAUGAGGGACACACAGACCUGAAGUACGACCUGCCUUUCGUCUUUGCUGAGGUCAAUGCUGACCGGGUCACCUGGCUACUCAUGGCUGGUGGGAAAAAGAAGAGGUUGCACUCGGACAUAGCUUCAGUGGGUCAGAACAUCAGCACUAAAGCAGUGGGCAGUGAUAAACGACAAGACAUCACUGGGAACUACAAGUAUGCAGAAGGUUCAGAAGAAGAAAGGAAGGCGUUCAAAGAAGCGAAGAGGAGAACCGAUAAGCUCAGGGAGCCGAAGCCUGCCCCUACCCCUGCCCCUGCCCCUACCCCUGCCCCUACCCCUGCCCCUGCCCCUCCCAAAAUCUCAGUCAAGAUCGAAGAGAAGAGCAAGCCAGUGAACGGCAAGGACAUCGAGCUGGUGAUCCGACUGCAGAGCCCCACGGCGCGAAAUCUGUUACUCCAUGCCAACGCCCAGGUCCUGCUCUACAACGGCAUGCUGGAAUCCAACAUCUGGAGUAAAGAAAUACCAGUAAAGUUACUGGCCAAAAAAGAGCUGGCGGUCCCUUUCAAGGUUCCCUUCUCCGAAUAUGGGAGUCACUUACAGGGAAACAACAGCAUCAUAGUGACAGUAAUAGUCGAUGACAAGGAGAACACUGAGGAGGCGUACAUGGCAGAGAGGAACAUUGUGCCUGAAAAUCCUCCCAUCAGCAUUUCUGUCACUGGAACUCUUAAGCAGUACCACCGCAUGUUGGUGGAAAUCAUAUUUGAUAACCCCUUGGAAGUGGCUCUGACUAACUGCUCCAUAACAGUCACUGCCAGUGGAUUAAUACGGCGAACUCGGGAAGCCACUGUGGACUCACUGCCCCCAGGGAAGCGGGUUCGGCUUUUGGUACCCUUUACGCCAUACAGAGCUGGAAAGAAGAAGCUGGUGGCUGAUUUUGACUGUGACCAGUUCCGGGAUAUCAAAACCAGCUGCAACGUAGAUGUUAAACUCUUUAGAAGUACCUAGAGUACACUGUACCUGUUUUUAAAGUGACUCAGGAACAGCAUAAUUUUCCAUUUUACAAAUUCUAUGGUGAAGGUUCAGCAAGAUGGCAAGACACAGAUCUUGUUUAUUUUCUGUAGCUAUGGUGAUGAAUAUGCAGCAUGUGAAUGAUUAUACUUAUAAAUCAGAGCUGGAAUAAAGCCCCUUUACUCCAUAUAAA